AUGAAGCCUACAAGUUCUAAAAAUCCUGUAGUUUUUCCUUGCCCAAACUUUGACGAGCUAAAUGUAGAGCAAAUGCAGUACGUGAACCACAUUGCACAAGAAAACCUUAGGAUUGCCACUGACCGGAGUGAUAUACAGAACCAGUUAUGUGCCGCGCUCCUUCGUAACACCACACUCAACUCCGACGUGCAGUCCAUGAAGGGGACGUUGGAAGAUAUGAAGGCCAAGUUCUUGGCGUUGGAAUCAUCAGUUAGGAGGGACCUUGAAGCUGUGGCAUGUGCCAUCGAGGAACUCCGCAACGGCUAUAUCACCAUGUACACCUUGUUUGCUCAAGGUCCAAAGCCACCAACUCAAUUGUAUGGGUGCCCAAGUAAUGUCAAUGAGACGGUCGGGCAUACGAACUUGCCACAUAUUGAAUCACGAGGACAUGAGUAUGUUCCGUUCUUGAAAAAGGACUUAUACAAUUGGAUUGGACGACAAAGAGAGUUAGAAGAGGAGGAGGAAACAGAUGCUGAGGGUGCCCUGGGAUACUUGGAAUGUCUUGGGUUACGUGACCCCAAUUUUUUUGAAACACACACAAUAGACGGGGAGUAUAGGCUCGUUGACUUGUUCUGGGCCGAUGGAAUUUCGAGAGAUGACUAUGGACGUUUUGGGGAGAUCAUCGCAUUUGACACAACGUACAAGAAGAAUGCUUACAACAAACCCCUUCUUCUUUUUGUCGGCGUGAAUCACCACUUCAGAACUGUUGUCUUCGCAGUGGCAUUGCUGUACGAUAAGAAGGAGGACACAUACAUUUGGUUGCUGGAAGAAUUCCUUCAAUGUAUGAACAAAAAAUUGCCUCAGGUUGUUGUCACUGACGGAGAUAAAGCUAUGGCUAAAGCAAUAGAGAAAGUCAUGCCUAAUGCUGUCCAUCGUUUGUGUGCGUGGCACCUUCAGAAAAAUGUUACCAUUAAUGUCCCUCACCCGAUUUUCAAGACAAGGUUUAAUGAGCUUCUAUAUCAAUAUUGUACAGAGGAAGAGUUUGACGAGAGUUGGAGUGGCUUGGUUACAGAAUUUCAGAUACAAGAUAGCCAAUGGGCAGCCAUAACAUACAACAAUAGAAGGAGUUGGGCAGAAUGCUUCCUACGGGGUAAUUUCUUUGCGAGCCUCAGAACCACCCAAAGGUCGGAGUCGAUGAAUUCUUACCUGUCACACUUCUUGACAAGCAAACUUAAACUUAAAGACCUUGUUGGCCAAGUUGAUAAAGCCAUACAAAGCAUACGCCACACGGAACGCGAAGAUGACUUCAUCAGUAACAACACAUCGCCCCAGUUCCCUUCCAACAUACUACAACAGUAUUACCAGCAAGUUGCUUCAGUUUUGACAAGAAACAUGUACGAUAAGGUCGCACAAAAAAUCGACAACGCUCUUGCAUACUCAAUUGAUUCGACAAGUGUAGAAUUUGGGUGCAGUUGCAUGCUAUUCCAGUCAGACGGAAUCCCGUGUCGAAAUAUGUUUGCGGUAAUGAAGCAUUUUAACCUACCCUGCAUUCCGAAACCUCUGUUAAAGGAACGCUGGAGGAAGGACGCCAAAUUGAGAGGUGAAUUGAGUAGCGCUCCCCAUGAUAGGGUCCCCCGUGAUGUGUUAUUAUGUACCCGUUGGGGAUCGUUGACAUCACGGUUAAAUGCAAUGGGGUACUAUGCUACACAACGUGAUGAUACAUAUGAAGAAGCAUUAAGCGAAAUGUCCCGUUUGGAGGAAAAAUUUAAAACAAUGUGUGGUCAGCCUAAUGAUGAGUUUGAAUCGAGUCACGUUGUACAUGGGGACCACCGAUCGCAACAACAACAGAGAGUAAUUGGGGAUCCGGAAAUUGUGAGAACGAAGGGGAGGGAACCAAACAAAACAAAAUCAAAAUAUAAGCGCGUGGACAAUGCCACCCCAAGGAAGAAUAGGUGUCGCAACUGCAACCAAUUAGGCCAUAAUAGGGCGACUUGCAAAGUUGUUCCAGAAGUGGAUAAUCAAUCCAUGGAGACAGAAGAUCCAACAUCUUCCAACUAUCCAAUGUACUAUACUCCGAACGUGGAAGACAUCAGUCAAAGUCAAAGGAGUUAA